AUUUUGUGUCAAGCUCUAGAGGAGUGUUCGUUUCGAUCCAAAUGGGUGCAAAAUGUUAUUUUUAUAGAAGAUUUCCUUCCGUUUAAAAUAUAAGGUAUACAUUUUUGUAGUGUUUCAAAAAAUAGUUACAGUCGCUGCAGCCCGUUCCGGAGGAACAACUCGAGCGGAGAGCUACAGUUCAUUUCUACUGUUAAUAACUCGCACCUGUAGUUUCAAAUUUGACAGUUCACUAGACCAUUUGAAAAUUCUCGCUCUGUGUGUGCCAGCAGAAGCUUUUUCAUCAGAACAUCUACGAGCUCGAAGAAAGUGAAAAAGUUCUCCAUGUUUGAUUCGUGGUUUGUCUUCAAGUGUGUUUCUGACUGAAAAAUGCAUUUUUAGGCCUGGUUAGGCUGAAAAUUUGCCAUAAAAUUGAAGGGUAAAAAAAUUACGCAUAGUCUGGGCAGGAUUUAAAUCGACAGAUCUCGAUUAUCGCUUAUUUUUAUUGGACAUAAAUCGUGCUAAAUUGGGACUCUGCCUUGGGGUAGAACCAUCAGUGGAAACGUUGAACGGGAAAAGAUUUCGAUCGUCUGUCGCACAGUGUUAUCAUACCAGUUUAGUGAGACAAAUGGUGUACUAAUAAAUGAUAAAAGAUGGAUGUGGACUCGCCCAAUUCUUUAAAACGAUGUUCCAGCGCGCCACAUAUUAAUAACUUACUGCCAACUGCGGCCGUUGGUAUGCAGUUAGUAAUGCCAAUGGACGAAGGACAAUCACAACUAGAUACGCCUUUGGAUCCGAUUGGUUUAGUCCAGCAGCAGCCUCCAAUACGCCAAAACAGCUCUGCUAUCAUCCAACACCAGUCCCAGUCACCGCAGCUUCAGUCAAUGGCAACUGCCAAUAUUUCCAAUGCACACACUGCGGGGGCCUCAACUCACAGGGACCCUCCACCGACAUCUUUUUCGAACAUUUUCACCCCACGUGCCCGCCGGUUCUCGGCGAGCUUCAGUCCAUUGGCUGUCAUAUCAAACGGCAGUUCAAGUCCUAGUCGUUCCGGUAGCUGCACGCCCGGUCCCCGUUUAACACCACGAAUAUCCCAGCUACGCCAAGAGGAGUGCGCCGAUUUGAGCAACAGUCGUGAAGUGAAUCAUGAACGGGAGAUCCACUCUGCGAUGCAAAUGUCACAGAGUUAUGAAGAUCUUACGCUGGUUACAGAAAAUUGGUCAUUCUCAUCUAGCACAAAAAAUCACGAUGAUCUGGUCAAUCCGCUGCAUGUUGCGCUUCCGUCAAUCGGUACCACUUACUGUUCUAGUCCUUCUCCUACCAGCCGUGGCGGCUUGGGGUUACAGUAUCCGACAUCAUCGCCGUCGCCAACGCGCAAGUUCGUUACCCGACGGUCUAUGUCACCGUGCCCGAUUCGGCCUAGUCCUCUCAGUUCAUCGGUGAAGAGGAAAUUCGAUCUGGAUGACAACUAUGGCAGCUGUUAUUCACCACCACCGAUGAAGAAAAUCUUUACCUCAGACAGGGGCUCAUCCCCAGUGUGCCAAACGCCGUCACCUUCGCCAAUAUGUCCCAGCCCGGACUCGUCGACUGCGUCGUUCGAAAACGGCAGCAACAAUGCAUCAAGCAGCGGCAGGAUAACGCCAAAAUUUUUCGUCACAAAACUUCCAGCCAGUUCACUUCUACAUGGCGGUUCGCUGUUCAACGCUGGCAGCAGUAACGGUGCCGUAGGCGGCACUGCCGCCGGAAUAACCACUGCCGGUGCUAAUAAUUUGCCGCUGCCGUUGAACACGGACUCUCCGCCGCCUUCCUCAUCGUCGUCUUCCCCGAUGAUGAUGGAUUGCGGCGUGAGUAGCAGCAGUGGCCAUAUACCGCUGGAAUCGGAUAGUAAGCUGGGCCAGCAGAGCGCAACCGUCAGCAGCUCGGAGGAGGUUAAAAUUGACUGCGAUGAGGAUAUUACCGAUUUAAACAUAGUGGCCAGUAGCACAAGCAUCGGAACGCCAGAGUCCUCUGAGGCGGUUAUAGGGAGUGUGCUGAAAAGCACCCGUUUAUUAGAAAAUAGAAGCGACUCUGACCUACUGGACAGCAGCAGUAACAGGCUAAGCACUAGCAGUAAUACUAGUAACGAUAACAAUAGUGAAAGCAGCAGCUCUUUGUGUCCGCUGGCUUUCGGGUCAUCCACUAGCAAUGGCAGCGGCGGGUUUCUGUCGAAUAAUAUUGAGAUAGCGGAAACAUGAAGAGCUCAAAGUUCAGAGACUAAAGCGAAUCAAGACUAGUUGCAUACACAUACACGAACACACGCUUAGGGAAGCAGAUUGCUUUCCAUUUCUUUUUUCCUUAUGGUAUAGAAUGUAGAAUAGUCAUGUUGUCAUGCUUACCCAGCAUACCAGCAAAAAGCUAUAUAUCGUCAAGUUAAUGUUCAAGGUGUAGAUAGAUGGUAUAAGUGAGCAUCAAGAAAGCUAAAUUAUGAAGGUUGGAUUGUAUGUAACUUAUUCAGAAAUGUUUAGCGAAUUUGCUCCUUUUUCAAAGUUUUACAAUGAAAGAUUUGAAAGUAUUUGCUUUGAUUUUGAUCAUUAUUUUCAUUGUGUGGUUGAACAAACUUUUCAGAUGUUCCUUUCUUAUUAUUUUUAUACGGGACGUUCGGGUUAAUGUUUAUUUUAUUGAAUCGAUAGUAAUGAUUCGCAGUAAACAGUACCAGUUUUUCGUGAAUGCUAAUUAUUUAUCUAAUUGUACGCUGUUCGAACUUUCGCUCCUUACAGAUUUCGAUGCUUAUAAUAUAAAUUGUGUAAAGCUUUGCAAAACGAGCAACCAGUUUGUUACAAGACUGUCAAGUAUCUGCACGUACACAAAACACAUAUCCUGUAGUUUUUCGGGAUUGAAAAAAAGUAGUUUCAACGCGUGAAUUCUUUCGUUUCUAAAUCGUAUGUUAGCUCGCAUAGCGUUAAACUUCCUAAUUGUCGUUGGAUUAGCCCAACGCUGCAUCAGUCUACAAUCAGAGCAGUAAAUUCAAUACCAAAUAACCCAUCUAGAGCAUAGUCUUGCGUAUAAGAAAAAAAAACAUUGAUCACAAAGAGGUAUGGAAGUAUCAUCAGUUACUUCAUCAGUUCAUAGCAUAACAUUUCAAUCUACUAGUAGACUUGUGAAAGCAAUAGCCCAUUUCUUGGUAGAGUUUCUCUGUACGUUGCAUCUCUGGACCGAUUUUAGUAAAAAAGCUUUAAAAUUAUCUAAUACUUAAUUCUAUACUUUUCGAUUUAUAGGUAUUUUCUGAUCGUAAGGGAUUUCCACCUUUCAGUUUUGAUACAGACAGUUUAUUGAAGAUAUCGUUCUUUCCUAUGAAAAUAUGUAUAAAUUUAAUCCAAUUGAAAAGAAGCAUCAUGCGGUUAGUUCGAAUAAAAAAGUGAUAAUAUAAUAUGGUACUGUAUGAAA